AUGCCCUCAAUCAGCACAGGCCAAGUGGACAACGUGGCCCUGGAAGAGGACGACGCGCUGACCCAGACCCAGACCCCCAGCCAGGUGCAGCGCAACUUGGAGAGAGUCUCAGGGGUCUCUGUGGCUCCUGGGGGCCUGUUCUUCCCCCAGGGCAGCCCCCUCCCUUGGGGUAUUCUGAAGAAUCCCAUCAAAGACUGCAAAGAGGUCUACUCCGAGAUCACUAACCUAGCCAGCAGGACCCUCGGGCAGGUGACGCUCUUCUGGGGCAGUGCCAGAUCCCCAGUCCUCCGCAGAGAUCCCCAGGUGAGUGACGCCCCCCUUGUGCGUUGCAUGGACCAUCGCACGGCCAAGCUGGACUUCCUCAUCGUCCUCAGCUUCAUCUUCAUGAAGGGCAAUGGUGCUAAAGAGUGUAAGCCCCGCCCUUCCCUGUGGGCCCCGCCUCCUGACGGACAGGCUCUCUCUGCCCUUUCAGCUGAGGUGUGGGAGAUGUUGAAGAAACUGCAGGUUGAACCCAGAAAGAGACACGAGGUCUUUGGGGAUGUCAGGGAGUUGGUGACUGUGGAAUUUGUCCAGCAAAAGUACCUGGAGUACAGCCCCAUGCCCAACACGGACCCGGCCAAGUUCGAGUUCCAGUGUGGGGUGCGGGCCACCAAGGAGACCUCCAAGAUGCAGAUCCUACACUUGGUUGCCAAGAUCCAGAGCCAGGACCCCACUGCCUGGAAUGCGGCAGCUACAGAGGCCCUGUCCUGCAACACUAGUGCCCCUGCAGCCGCUGGUGGGGCCAGCCAGGGGGCACGCAGGAGGGGGCACGCAGGAGGGGGCACGCAGGAGGGGGCGCGCAGGAGGAAGCAGUCAGCCUCGUCCACUUCACCCAUCCACCCCACAGCGCCUUGUGAACCAGCGGCCCCGGGAGCAGGGGCCUCUGCCCACGCUGAGCCCAGCGCCCAAGGAUCCCCUGGGACACUGCCUUUGCCCUCCUGA